AUGGAUGAUGAAGUUGUUCAGCGAGUGUUCCAAGAAGGAGGGCGCGAUUACUUCCAACAACAGCCUUCAACCUCUUCGUCUUCGUCUUCGUCUUCCAUCCUUCAAUCUCUCCCUCUCCAUGUGCUUUUGCUCUCAAUUACUGGCAAUUUGACCGAGUUGUCUUUUGAUCAUGGAUAUUAUUUGUUGGUAAAAUCUAUUCAAGAACUUCGAGAGAAAAAAAAUGGCCUUGUUACUGUUGGCAUUGGUGGUCCAAGUGGAUCUGGUAAAACAAGCUUAGCAGAAAAGGUGGCAUCUGUUAUUGGUUGUACUGUAAUAUCAAUGGGGAAUUACCGUGAUGGGGUUGAUGAAGGGAAUGAUGUGGAUUCUAUAGAUUUUGAUGCCCUGAUCAAGAAUCUUGAGGAUUUGACUAAAGGCAAUGAUACAUUAAUCCCCAAGUUUGACUAUCAGCAAAAGAAGCGGGUUGGCUAUAAAGCAAUAAAGAGCGCUUCAUCUGGGGUGGUAAUAGUUGAUGGCACAUAUGCAUUACAUGCAAAACUGCGGUCUCUACUGGAUAUUCGAGUUGCUGUGGUUGGUGGUGUUCAUUUUAGCUUGCUUUCUAAAGUUCGCUAUGACAUUGGAGAUUCUUGUUCACUGGAUUACCUUAUAGAUAGCAUUUUUCCACUGUUUAGGAAACACAUUGAGCCAGAUCUUCAUCAUGCACAGAUCAGAAUUAAUAACAGCUUUGUCUCAUCAUUCAGAGAGGCAAUCUACAAGGUUAAAUGCAGAAGUGAGUCUUCAGAUGGACAUUCAGGUUCGUCCUUUCGAGGAAAUGAAGCCCAAACAGACAAUUUUAUCGAAAUGUACCUUAGACCACCUUCAUCUAGUGAAGAAGCAAGGAUAAAUGAUUGGAUCAAAGUGAGACAGUCUGGAAUUAGAUAUUAUUUAUCUCUUGGUGAUCAGAGGAUUGUUGACAAGAAUUUCAUUAUAAGGCCUAAAGCUGAAUUUGAGGUUGGUAGAAUGACAUUGGGUGGGUUGUUGGCUCUUGGGUACACAGUUGUGGUUAGUUAUAAGCGUGCAUCCACAACUGUCAAUAAUGGCAAGGUUACCAUAUCUUUUGAGACCAUUGAUGUUCUUGGUGAGACAUUCAUGGUGUUGAGAGGAACUAAUAGAAAGACUGUUGGAACAGAGGCAUCAAAGGUGGGUAUUUAUGGACCUUGGAUUACUAAAUCGUAUCUGGAAAUGAUUCUUGAGAGAAAAGGUGUGCCUCGUCUUAGUACACCACCACUUGUAUCUAAUACAACUGUGGCUGGUAAUCACGAAACAGCUAUCAUUGCACCAAAGCCAAUUCGGGUUUCUCCUAACAUUGUUACUGGGCUUGAGGAUUUACCUCAGCCGUGGACUCGGUCCCCCACAAAAUCUAAAAUGGAACCUGUUGUGGCUACAUGGCAUUUCGUAUCUUCCGAUUCCUCCCAACUUGACAAUUCAGUCCUAGAUCCUUCAUCUUUCAGGGAUAGCAUUAGGCUUGCUCCAAUGCCUGAUUCAUUUGACUUAGACAGGGGAUUGCUUUUGGCAGUUCAAGCAAUACAAGCAUUGUUGGAGAAUAAAGGUGUCCCAGUCAUUGUUGGAAUUGAUGGGGAGGGAGAAACUGGAUGGGGGACAGUCUCAAAGCAUGCGUUUUUCACAGAUGUAAUUCUGAUAGAAUCACUAAUCCUGGCGACGUCGUGUUUUUCAGGAGGUCCAAGCGGGUCUGGGAAGACUAGUUUGGCUCAUAAAAUGGCAAAUAUAAUUGGUUGUGAAGUAGUUUCCCUGGAAAGCUAUUAUAAAAAAGUAAAGGAUUUUAAAUAUGAUGACUUCAGUGCACUUGAUUUAUCAUUGCUAUCGAAGAACAUUGAUGACAUAAGAAAUGGUCAAAGAACAAAAAUACCUAUAUUUGACUUGGAAAGCGGUGGUCGGAGUGGUUUCAAGGAACUUGAAGUUUCGGAAGAUUGUGGAGUGCUUUCAGGCUAUCAUGCUAUGCUAAAAGUGCCUCUUCAGAAUGAAAUCACUAUUGAUCUGAUUAUAUUUGAAGGCGUCUUUGCGUUGCAUCCUGAUAUCCGAAUAUCACUUGACUUGUGGAUUGCUGUUGUUGGAGGCGUUCAUUCACAUUUGAUUUCACGAGUUCAAAGGGAUAAGAGUAGAGUGGGAUGCUUUAUUUCCCAAAAUGAGAUAAUGAUGACAGUGUUUCCCAUGUUUCAGCAGCUUAUUGAACCUCAUCUUGUUCAUGCACAUCUUAAAAUUCGAAAUGAUUUUGACCCUGUGUUUUCUCCUGAGAGUUCGUUAUUUGUAUUAAAAAGUAACAAAAAAGUAGCAUAUCAAGAUGUUGUUGCAAUUCUUGAUUCAGCAAAAUUUUGCAGUUCGGUGCAGAAAUUUAUUGAUAUUUAUAUAAGGCUUCCUGGGAUCCCUUCUAAUGGACAGUUGAGAGACAGUGAUUGUAUUCGAGUCAGAAUAUGUGAAGGCAGAUUUGCAUUGCUGAUACGAGAGCCUAUCAAAGAAGGGAACUUUAUCAUUCAGCCUAAAGUGGAUUUUGAUAUCAGCAUUAGUACGGUUGCUGGCCUUCUUAAUCUUGGGUGA